AUGGAACAUGAUCCCCAUGACUGUGUACAAUUAAUGCAACAAGAAACUUCAGGAUUUGAUCAUGUACAUGAAAACCCCCUUGAUGACCCUGAUUUUGAGUAUUUUGUAGAUGGAAGCAGGUUCAUGGGAGAAACGCCCGGUUCCACACUGGAUAUGCAGUGGUCACACAGCAUGAGGGUGUCCGAAAGCCUUCCCAGUAGCAAAAGCAAAGGCAAAGAACACAGCAAAGAAGCUGAUCCAGAUUCAGUUGAAGGAACACAUAGUCUGCAACCAGGAGACUGGGUGGUGAUAAAAAGACAUGUAAGAAAAGGCCUUGAUCCCAGAUUUGAUGGUACUUCCCAAGUCCUGUUGACUACUCAUACAGCAAUGUCUUCGCCUUCUCCUUCGGUUGGCAGUCGAAGUAGUCCAUCCUUUCAGAUGCCGGAACACUCCGAAAUUGAAUCCUCUGCUGGCGAGGAAUUGCGUUUUUCUCCUGAACCAAUGGAGUCAACACAGGAGGGUACACAUUCCUUUGAAAAUGUGCGAAGUAGACAUCAUAACGACGACGGUGACACAAACAGGCAAAGUGACACUCCAUCACCUGUUCAAACAAGAACUUCCAGGCGUGGUGGUCGCGGACAACGUGGGCGUGGCAGUCGUCGUGGACGUGUAGGCUGUCUGAAAUCAUAUCAACACGCUGGAGGUCAAUCCGCGAUAGGUUUAUGCGUGACCUCAAUCGUGAUCGAACGGCACCAAGUGGUUCGGGUGCUUCUCGGAGGAAACCUUACCAAUAUGCACCACAUCUUCAAUUUCUUCAACGUUGUUUUCAGCUGCCCACGACUCAUUCAAGCACACUCCCUCCUGAAGCAGAACCUCUUGAACAUGAGGAAUCAACCGAACAGUUGUCUUGACGAUCUACCAAUCAAACUUCAUUACCAUCUCAGUCACAGGAUUCUGCUCUGGAGUCGCGCCGCGCGCAAAAUUGAGACAUGUGCUCAGAUUUAA